UAUAAAUGAGGCCGUUAGUUGGGACUGCUGAUUUGACUCCUCACUUCGUCUCUUUCCCUCUCCCUGCACACAUAUAUACCAUCCCUCACCUUAUUGGGAAUUCAGAUCGAAACAUACUAAAAUUACACACACUCACUGUGUGUGAGAGUGUCAGAAAGCUUGAAGGAGAGAGGAAGAAGCUAGAGUUUUUGAAAUGGCAAUGGCGGUGGUUAAGGAAUCGGUGUUUCGUUGUUCAAUUCUGUUGCUUAUUGCGUCGCUUAUGGUCGUCUCCGCCGCCGCCGCCGGUGAUAAAUCGGAUGUUAGGGCUGUUGAAACAGAGCAGUUUCAGAGCUUGAACGUCUCAUCAAUGGCAGAAAGAGCAAAGGCGUCUGAAGCUUUGAACGAAAAUGCUGUUCAAGAUCCUGAGGAAGUGGUCUCCAUGGUUGAAAUGGUAAUUAAAAACAACACCGAAAGAAGAAAACUCGGAACUUCUCAUGUGGAACCGGAAACCCAAUCGACGAUUGCUGGCGUUGCGACCCAAACUGGCAAAAAAACCGGAAACGUCUCGCCGACUGCGGCAUCGGAUUUGGCCGGAAUGCAAUCGGAGGUCGCGACGGCCGUUAUUACAUGGUCACAGAUUCCGGCGACGACGAUCCGGUAAACCCACGACCGGGCACCCUCCGCCACGCCGUCAUUCAAGAUACCCCUCUUUGGAUCGUGUUCAAACGCGACAUGGUGAUUCAAUUGAAACAAGAACUUAUUAUGAACAGUUUUAAAACCAUCGAUGCUCGUGGAGUCAAUGUUCAUAUCGCGAAUGGAGCUUGUAUUACUGUUCAAUUUGUUACUAAUGUUAUUAUUCAUGGGUUACAUAUUCAUGAUUGUAAACCUACCGGAAAUGCUUUGGUGAGAAGCUCGCCGGAGCAUUUUGGGUGGCGGACGAUGGCGGAUGGUGAUGCGAUUUCGAUAUUCGGGUCGAGUCAUAUUUGGGUGGAUCAUAAUUCGUUGUCGAAUUGUGCUGAUGGGCUUGUGGAUGCUGUUAUGGGCUCGACUGCUAUCACUAUUUCUAAUAAUUACUUCACUCAUCACAAUGAGGUGAUGUUGUUGGGGCAUAGCGACUCAUACACAAGGGACAAACUUAUGCAAGUCACAAUUGCCUAUAACCAUUUCGGAGAAGGUCUUAUUCAAAGAAUGCCAAGAUGCAGACAUGGAUAUUUCCAUGUGGUAAACAACGACUACACCCACUGGGAAAUGUACGCAAUUGGUGGAAGUGCAAACCCCACAAUCAAUAGUCAAGGCAACCGAUACCUUGCUCCUGUUAAUCCCUUUGCCAAAGAGGUCACAAAAAGAGUGGAUACAGCUGCAAGCCAAUGGCACGGAUGGAACUGGAGAUCAGAAGGCGAUUUACUCCUUAACGGCGCUUAUUUCACUCCAUCCGGCGCCGGCGCCUCCGGCAGUUACGCUAGGGCUUCAAGUUUAGGUGCCAAGUCAUCUUCCAUGGUCGCCACCAUCACCUCCGGCGCCGGCGUCCUAAACUGCCGUAGAGGCCGCCAGUGCUAACCGCCGUUAUCCUUCCGUCAAUUCUCUUUUUCUUUUUUUUCUUUUUUCUUUUUUCUUUUACAGCUUCCACUAUCAUCACCUUAUAUACACUACUUUUUAUUUUUAUUUUUCUUUUUCAUUCAUCAUUUUCGAAGUUCAACCAACUGCCAAAGAGCAGAUCCGUAGCGUUGUUUAUGAUUAUCUUUCCUUCUUCAUUCUACCAAAACCCAUUAUCCAUUUAUCCCCUUCUACCUACCUACCCGACCCGGGUUUAUUGGAUUACAGGAUCCGAAUGUGUUAAUUUUAUUUAUUUUGGUAAUGGUAGUUUUUCUCAUAUGUGAAUGUCAAAAACUAUGAGUAUUGAAAAAGGAAAAAAUAGAAAGGGGAAAUUAUUUGUUGUUAUGGUGUAUGGGUCAUUGGAUUGGAUAUAUUGUUGGAUCUCUUUACUUUUUCUUGCGAAUGGAAGCAAGAAUCUUUUUUCUUUUUUGGAUUGGUGACACGUGGUGCAAUCCUUUUACUCUUUUGAUAUUGAAAAGGUUUGAGGACAUUAUGUUUUUGUGUCAACCCUUUGUAAUGAUCGUGUGUCGAAAGUAUGAUCAAUCGUAUAUGAUUCUUUAUCGAAGUUGGGCAAUUUUUAUAACCCCUUUUUCCUUCUCGCAU